AUGCAAACGAGUGUACCAUCAGAGUUAAAUAAACCUCCUAACAAUCGUCGUCGUAAAAGACGUCCAAGAAACAGACGAAAGAAAAACAAAAAAGUAGAAACCCAGGCUGAAAACGCGCCAAAAGACCUGAAUCUCGGUGACUUGAUAGCUGAAGCACACGCUUUAGAGAAGCAGCUAACUGAACUACAAACACAACUUCGAAUAAACUAUUCUAAUCUUCCAGGAAAAGAGCAAGGUCGUAUUGCAAACGCGAUUGCAACAGAACAAAUAACAGCGACCGAAGACGAAAUCAACUAUGUUCGCAGUAGUCUUAAGACAACCUACCGACAAUUGUUUGAUACUGACCUUGUAUAUGCUGCAGCACAUCAUAUUGAAGAUAAAAUUUGGCGAUAUAUCUUUUAUGCCAGUAUUGAAGACAUUCGAAGCAGGUUACGCAAAACCGAGAAAGAAAGUGACACAAAGCAACUACAAAAGACAUUGUCUCAACGUAUAGAUGAUGCAUUCAAAUUUUACCGAGAAUUAAACCAGACUAUUAAAGCAACAUACCGUAUCGAAGAUACGAAAGUGUUUGGAAUUGAUUUGUUUCGACAAGCGUCCAAUGUAGAUGAAAAAAUAGGCGUUUUACUUCAAUCCAACUACAACUGUAUGGGUGAUUUGGCACGCUACCAUGCUCAGCAAGCCAAGGGUACCAAGAAGGUUAUGAUGGAGUUUUGGUCAAUGGCAAAGACAUGUUAUCAAAAGGCCGUUGAUGUAUAUCGAAAGAAUGGCAAGCCUUAUUCUCAAUUGGCUUUGGUAUCUAUGUCUAAUGGUAAUGCAAUGGAUGUUGUAUGGUAUUAUUGCAUGAGCCUGGCAGUGAAGCAACCUUCCAGUAUAGGCAGAGACAAUCUUAAGUCGUUUUAUUCCAAAGUUCGAUUUAAUCUCUCUAAACCCCAACAAGAUACAAUGACAGGCAUGAUUUCGAAAUUUGCAGAAUCUUUUCUCCAUAUGCAUCGCACAGUCAUGUUUAACCACAAAGAUCCUGGAGAGUUUAAUGCUAUGCUGUCUAUAGCUUCUCAGUUAGGUGCUGCUUUAUCUACAUUGAUUCUUUCUGUAAGAGACGAAGAAGAAGAAAAGACGCUGCCAAAGUCAACUCAUUCUUCAUUGCAUAUCGUCCGUACUACUUUAACACGCACUAUUACCAUUUUGAUGAUAUCUGUCUGGAUUGCAGGUGAAAGAUUAAAAGACAAGGCUAAUUAUGCUGCUCGGCCUGUUAUUUUAUUGUCACAGAUUCACAUGUAUACCUUUGCUUUCAAGCUAUUGACUAGCGCGUAUCGAUCUUCACGUCAGGCAUUUGAAGAAGUGAAAGACAGUCUGGGCGCUGAUAAAUACGCCAAGUUAGAGACCAUGGUAGAUGAUGCAUUGUUGCCUGGCUUAAGUAUUUGGUGUACUUUUAUCAGCACGAAUCUCACAGCUGUUGCUCAAUACUCAAUGACAGCAACGAAUGAUACAAGAAACAGAGAACCUGAAAAAAAGACGUUGGUCAAGUCUAUUCAAUCGUUACUUUCUCUUUUGAUUAGUCAUCCUUCCUUUCCUGAUCCUGUGCUUCAUGUAUUACCACCUACAUAUCCCGUAUCUGAAGACUUGCUUUUACUUGGUCUUAUUCCUUUACAUAGUUUCCAUUCCCAAGUUGAUUUCUUCAAAGAAGUCAUGUAUGAAGUUAUGGACGAAACAAGCCCUGAUGCUCGAAAGCAAGUACGUUGGGGCCGUAUUCGUGGUAUGAUCAAGAAACUUGCUGAUUCAAGCUCGUUUGAUUUUAUCCAUUAUAACACAGCAGAGCAAAAAUACAGUAUUAUUGAUGAAAAUGCAAAGCGACAACAACAAAGUCGGUUUAUGAAGGCAUUAGCUACUCAACGUCUGAUGGAACAAGUCUCUUCAUUAGAGAAGAAUGUGAGCCGCAUGACAAUCAAGCCUACAGUACCAAAUCAAAAGCGCGACGUGUAUACGUGUGUGGUGGACAUUACGGCCUUUUUGGAUGGACUUGUCAAGGUUAAGAAAUGGGCCAGUCAGACAUUGAAUGUAGACAAACGAUCCCAAGCAAGUAUUUUGGAAGUGAUUGUGCCUUUGGAAGUCAUCGACGCGCUUGAUGAUCACAAAAAGGGCACUUCGCACAUGAAUAUGCAAGCAAGAGAAUCCAUUCGUUUCUUAGAUCAAAAGUUGUUGAAUAAGACGACUGAAUCCACGCCCACAGCAUCUUAUCUUCGUACUCAAAAAGUAAAUGAGAAGUUAGCUGAUUGGGAAGAUGCAAAAGAUUUUUGGAUUGGCGAAGAAAGUCGGUCAAAUGUGAUGGAAAACUUGUUAUCUGAAGGGGAGAAUACUGAGGAUGAUACAAGUGAUGCAGAAUCAAAGAGUUCUAAUGAAGAUUUACUUGCAAGGAUGAGAAGAAAAGGGGAUUCUGAAUCCGAGGAAGAAGCAAGCUCUGAAGAAGAAGAGGAAGAGGAAGAAGUAUAUGACUAUCAGGAAGAUUUUGCUGAAGAAGACGAAGAGGAGGAUAUCCCAUAUACUCUAGAAGAUGUUCCCAAAUCGUACAGACCAAUUUUGAGUUGUGUAUUAUAUUAUUACAGCAAGCAAUCAAGCAAUGAUACAGCAGAAAAACUCGUCCUUGUCACCAAUGACGAAGACUUAGCUUGGUGGGCCGAACUCUUUGGCAACCCCAAAACAGGCAAGCGCUUACUGAUCAAGACAGUGAAUGAAUGGGAUCAGAUGGUCAGUAAAAUUGAUUUUGAAAAAGAAUACGAAUAUUCUUGGAAACAGCGUUAA